GUCGACGGCCGGUGGUGUUCGGACUACGUGGUGUCCUCGUACACACCGACCCUCGGCGUGCUGCUCUCAGGAAGGAACUCGUUCGCGGAAAUCAGGAAGGACGAAGUGAAGGCUCUUGUGGCGGCGGUGCCCAGACCCUUCAAACACGAUUUGAGUGACUUGAUGUCUACACGGGAGGAGAUGAGUUCUGUAUUGUCUGCCUUACCGGAAGGUAUAGCUAUGACGCUCCCGCAUCUCGACGACGCAAUCCUGGAUGACGACGGCGGUAUCAGCGUCCCGACGCUCCUCGAGAAACUGCCUAAUGCCACUAUCUUGCAUCUAGCGUGCCACGGUCAGCAAGAUCGAGAGAAUGCUCUCAGGAGCGGCUUCGUGCUACGCGACGAGAUGCUCACCAUCGAAAGAUUGAUACCCAUUCCUCUCCCAAACGCAUUCCUAGCAUUCUUGAGCGCCUGUGAAACUGCUAAAGGUGACGAAGGCCAACCAGAUCAAGUGGUGCAUCUCGCUGCUGCGAUGUUAUUUGCAGGAUUCAAGAGCGUAAUUGCUACCCUCUGGUCUAUGCAGGACGUGGACGGACCUAUGAUUGCUCAAUCAGUCUACCGUGAUAUCUUCGCAGGCGACUCAGAGCUCCUCGAUCCGGAUGACGUGGCAUAUGCCCUCGAUGCUGCGGUGCAGAACCUCCGUCGGGCUCACCCUGAUCCAAGCAGAUGGGCACCUUAUAUCCACUUGGGGAUAUGA